UUCAAAACAUUCGGUUAAAGAUUGCCCCAGCGAACUCGCGUGUAAACAUUGCGGCAAAAAACAUCAUACGUUGUUACAUUUCGAUAAUAAUACAGUAACGUCUUCUAACAGUUCGCCUGAGUCGCGUACGCCACCACAUAACCUUGCCGACGCUCCGGUCACCACACAUUUAAUUUCAAAAUACAACGCCUCGCGCUCUCAAGUUCUUCUCGCCACCGCGCGCGUAAGAGUUUACUCCCCGACCGGGCACUUUUUGACCGCGCGCGCUUUACUAGAUCAAGGAUCCGCCACCACCGUUAUAACCGAAAAUUUAGCGCAACUCUUAAAAUUGCCUAAAAUUCGCAGACCCGUGCGCAUAUGUGGGGUCGGUGAAUCCGCAACCACGGUACAACACGCAGUCUCUGUUACGAUCACCCCCGCGAAAGAUCAUCAUCCCGCGUUCUCAACCACUGCGUUAGUACUUAAGUCAUUGACGAAAUAUAUCCCGCGUUGCGUAGGCGCGCUCAACGAAUGGCCGCAUAUCACCUCCCUUAAUCUUGCCGAUAAUGAUCCCUUCAGCCCCGAUCCGGUCGAUAUUCUCAUUGGCGCAGAUCUUUAUGGGAUGCUGCUUCUUAACGGGGUACGUAAGGGCGCGAUUAAUCAGCCGAGUGCGCAAAAUACCGCGUUGGGAUGGAUCAUAUCCGGUCCAGUCACUCCCUCCUCCAUCUCCUCCCAUGUGCACCUACACCAUACCACAAUAGAGCAAACGUUAGACGCCGAUCUACGCCGAUUCUGGCAAAUUGAAGAAUUACCGGAACAAGCGAUCUUGAGUCCUGAGGAACAACUUUGUGAGAGUCAUUUCCAAACCACCCAUUCUCGCACCCCAGAGGGCCGAUACAUGGUCCGCCUUCCCUUUAAAACCGACUCUGUAGUUGACCUUGGCGCCUCCAAACCAGUCGCAACAUCACGUCUUUUGCUCCUCGAACGCAGAUUACUUCGGGACCCUGCACAAUCCACCGCGUAUCGCCAAUUCCUAGCGGAAUAUUUAGAAUUGCACCACAUGGAACCGGCCGCUCCCAUUAAAAAUCCAAAUUCCGGUCAUUAUUACAUCCCGCAUCACGCCGUUGUCAAAAGAGACAGUGAUACCACACCGUUGCGCGUCGUAUUCAACGCAUCCUGUGCCACAUCCACGGGCAAAUCGCUCAACGAUUGUUUAUUAAUCGGACCCAAACUACAAAAUGACUUACCCUCCGUAUUACUCCGUUGGCGCCACUUUCAAUACGUUUAUACAGCUGAUAGUGCGAAAAUGUACCGCCAAAUUUUAUUAGACCCUCGUGAUCGCGAUUACCAACGAAUAUUGUGGCGAUCCACUUUUUCUGAUCCAAUUUCGGAAUUCCGUCUCUGUACCGUGACAUACGGAACAUCUCCUGCAGCAUACUUAGCGCAACGGGUGAUAAAACAACUCGUUGAGGACGAAGGGUCCCCUUUCCCGUUAGCCAUUCCGGUCUUAAACAAUCAAAGUUAUGUCGAUGAUUUUUUAUUCGGAGCUGAAGAUCAGCAGCUUGCUAUACAAACUCGCGAUGAAGUAGUUGCAUUGCUUAAUAAAGGUGGCUUUCAUUUACGGAAAUGGGCGAGCAAUUGUUCUUCCCUACUAGAGGGCAUUGAAAGAUCAGACCAUGGUCUUGCCUGUGAAAAAUCCUUAGACGCCGACGAACACUUAAAGAUUCUCGGAGUUUCGUGGCAUCCCGGAACCGACACCGUAAAAUUUCAGGUUAACAUGCCAACGACCUGCGCGACCACCAAGCGCGGCAUUCUAUCCGUUAUCGCUAGAUUAUUUGACCCCCUCGGUCUCGUGACUCCAGUCACAAUAACUGCCAAAAUCAUGAUGCAAAAAUUAUGGCUAUUACAAUGCGAUUGGGACGAAACAGUGCCCUCCACUUUACUUCGCGAGUGGCAGCGGUAUUACGACGCGCUGCACACUCUCCGCAACAUCUCAAUUCCUCGUUGGAAUUACCAAAAUUCUCGUAGUUUGCAAUAUUCUCUCCACGGUUUUGCCGAUGCUUCGAAUCACGCGUACGCUGCUGUGGUUUACAGCCGCGUAAUCAAUCCAAACGGUUCCGUUUCCAUGACUUUGCUUAUGGCUAAAGCCAAGGUCGCUCCCGUCAAAACGGUGAGCAUUCCUCGUCUAGAAUUAUUAGCGGCUCAUCUGUUAUCUCGACUCAUGGUCGUAAUCCGCUCUGCCCUUCAGUUCGACAAUAUUCCAUGUCAUUGCUGGACUGACUCCACAAUUGUUUUAUCGUGGCUCCGACAACAGCCUUCCCAGUGGCAAACCUUUGUCGCGAAUCGAGUGUCCAAAAUCCAAAAUGCUUUACCCGACGUCACGUGGCUACACGUUCCUACGCGUGAAAAUCCCGCGGACUGCGCUUCACGUGCUCUCUCCGCUUCUGAGUUGCAGAAUCAUUCCCUUUGGUGGAAAGGACCAACGUGGCUUCAAUCCGUUAAAUUGCCUUGGCCAACACAACCUCCUGCUUUAUCUCCCGAUCUUCUGCCCGAAAAUC